GAGGAGAGAGCGGAGAAAGCUGAGCGCGGACGUCAGGAACACAAGCUCCAGCGGAGUCAGGCGCAGGCACUAGGGGAGCAUGGGGUGUUUUGAAUAAUUAUGAAAAUUAGCAUGUGUCUGCGCCAUCCUGUGGGUGUGGCGCAGAGCGGAGUGUAAACUCCAGCGGGCUGGAGCAAACAUUGGAUUAGCGGCAGCCGCCUGUCAGCCUGCCGGAGGAGCGCGGGGAGCAGCGCGCCGCACGCCGACCGGCACGAUGGCCUCGUCCCAGGGGAGAAACGAGCUCAAAUUCGCCGACUGGAUGGCAACUCUGCCCGAGAGCAUCCACAGCAUCCCCCUCACCAAUUUAGCCAUCCCAGGGUCUCAUGAUUCCUUCAGUUUCUACAUUGAUGAAGCCUCUCCAGUAGGUCCUGAACAGCCAGAAACUGUCCAGAAUUUUGUCUCUGUGUUUGGAACUGUGGCCAAAAAGCUGAUGCGGAAAUGGCUAGCCACUCAAACAAUGAACUUUACUGGUCAGCUAGGAGCUGGAAUCCGUUAUUUUGAUCUUCGAAUUUCCACCAAGCCCCGAGAUCCCGACAAUGAACUCUACUUUGCACAUGGUUUGUUCAGUGCCAAAGUCAAUGAAGGCCUCGAGGAGAUCAAUGCAUUCCUCACAGAUCACCAUAAGGAAGUAGUAUUCUUGGACUUCAACCAUUUUUAUGGGAUGCAGAAAUAUCACCAUGAAAAACUGGUCCAAAUGCUGAAAGACAUCUAUGGUAACAAAAUGUGCCCAGCGAUUUUCGCCCAGGAAGUUAGUUUAAAGUACCUGUGGGAGAAGGACUAUCAAGUGCUGGUCUUCUACCAUAGUCCAGUGGCUCUGGAGGUCCCCUUUCUGUGGCCUGGGCAGAUGAUGCCAGCACCCUGGGCCAACACCACAGACCCUGAAAAGCUGAUCCAGUUUCUUCAGGCAUCCAUCACAGAGAGAAGAAAGAAGGGCUCAUUUUUUAUAUCUCAGGUGGUGCUGACCCCCAAAGCUAGCACCGUGGUCAAAGGUGUGGCAAGUGGCCUCAGAGAAACAAUCACAGAGCGAGCUCUUCCUGCCAUGAUGCAGUGGGUCCGCACACAGAAGCCAGGAGAGAGUGGCAUCAAUAUUGUCACUGCCGACUUUGUAGAACUCGGUGAUUUUAUCAGCACUGUCAUAAAGCUCAACUAUGUCUUUGAUGAAGGAGAAGCCAACACUUGAUAGUACUAUUCUGAGUGCCUAUGAGUAAGCUAGACAAGAAUCAUUGUGUUAGGCAUCUUAUCUGUAAACACUCUGAUCUUCCCAUUCCACUGAGUUUCUGAAAGGAUUAGGGCUGAUAGUGGGUGGGAAAAGGGGGGAAAACCAUUUCUUGAGUGCUUAUCAUCAUAUUCUGCAUUGCUAUAAAUAGUUCAUUUUCCAUCUGGUGAGAAAAAUCUAUUUCUAGUGUUAGGGAUUUUAAAAAGACCAGUGGAUUUCAUUUUCAAAAUUAGUCUUUGUAAUGUAAAAUUUGAGUGUUUACUUGAUUGCGUUUUCUAAUUUCAACCUAGGACUCCUACAGUGUCUACAUUUUCUAACUUUUCUGCUUCCGUGCUCACUCAUUCUGUUCAAUGAAAUGCCCAACAUAAUGUAUAUUACAUUGCUGUGGUGAAAUUUAUCUGUGGGAUUUGGUAUAAUAUAAUAUAGUCAUCAGCAAUUGGGACAUCAUAGCUAACUUUUGGUCCUAGAGAUGAUCUAUCGAACCAGUUCCCCAGCAUCAGUAAUUUUGGAGGCCAUAAUUAGUGAUUUUUGUGUUGUAUGAAAAUAAUAGUGUUUUACAGUGUUUCUAUUUAAGGCAGCUAUAACUAUAGAGUAAAACCUUCUUUUGAAAGAACUGAGUGCCAAGUCCAUAGUGAUGAAAUGGCAGCAGAGGGGGAGAUAGAUGCUAUUUUAAUUCAGCAAUCUCUGAAAUAAUAUCACCCUGAAAAUGACCAGUAAAGGAUAAAUUAUAACAACUAUGUUGAAAUUAGAAACUCUUCAAAGAAUUCUUUAAAAUGCCCUCUUAACAGCUUUCAUGAUUUUUAAAUACCUAAUUCUAAAUCCCAAAUAUUUAGAAUUAUUUUUCAAGAAGCUUCAGUUCAAGAUUUUGAAUUAAAAGAACAAGAAAGGUUGGCAGAAGGAAUUAAAGCAACAUUUUUGAAAGUAUGCCCAUGAAAUCACAAGGAUUCAUGAAAUAUAUGUGUUCUAGGUAGACUUGUUUAAAAUUGGCCUGACUCAUCACUUCGACAUUCCAGCCUGCCUAAGGGAAAAAUUAAGACAGAGGCAAAACACACACACACAGUUUCUGUGGCCUACCAUUUGAUAGUCCUGGUCUGUAAAAAAAGUAGUGUUAAUCCGAUUGGAGGUGGCCAUCCAACAAUUCUAAAAUAAUCUUAGAGCACAAUAACCCUUAUCUAUGUGCCUCACAAGAAUAUGGUGAAGCAUUUAUUUAUAAAAUUUGCUGAGCUUCUUAUAUUAUAAAUUACUCUGUCUUCAUAUUUGAGAAUAAUCACAGCUCAAGAGUUUUCGUGACAAUAUAGUUCAUGUGGGACCAUAGAAAAAUGAUACCAUGCUCUCAGCUUUUAAUUAAUUUAAAUGCUGGUCAAAUGGCUUCAUUUCUUGGACCCAGAUAAGGGUGUUUGUUUUAAGAUUGUAUCAAAAUUAUAAACAAUAGGCAGCUGUAUAGAAAGAGUGCAGGGGUGCCUCUGGUAGACUAAGUAGCAUGCUUACACACAUGAAAAACAUGUAUGUCCAUACACAAUAUACCAACAUGAUAGCUAUAAAAGUACACACAGAGUACAACUCUUUAAAUUAAAACACUACUACCACUCAAUAAUUUAAUUCUAAAACUAAAAUCCUUAUCACUCAUUUUCAUAUAUUAUUAAGACCUUUGAAAGUGAGGUGGCUUAUUACUUUUUUAAAAUUUUUCAUUAGUUUUUACCAGAUUCAGUAUAGUUUAUAGAUGCAGUUCUCAGAAUAUAGUGAUAGUCCCUCCAUUCCUUUCUUUAGUUAUUGAACAUAUUUUAAAUUAACAUUAUAGUAAAAAGGCUUAAUGCUUCACCAAAUAAGAAGCUUAACAAGUAUAAAUCAAACAGACCCUAAUUUAGUGAAAACAGAGGCAACAGCUAUAAAUAAUAAUUGAAGGGAAAAAUGACAACUAUAUCCAUAUACAGAAAUUUUAAAGUCAUCACAGAUCAUUGAGGCUAUAGUGGUAUAAUGUUCUUAACCAUUGGUUUGACAAAGGUAUAAAGCAAAGUUUUGUAAACUAUACUUGCAGCAAUACUGAUAUACUACAUUAAAAUAUUUUUGAAAAUACUCUAGGCUGGGACUCAUUUACAAAAAUAUAGUUGUCCUUUGCCCUUACCUUCCCUUGUUGUUGUAUUGUCUUCAAUCUCUUUCACUUGCUGUUUCUGUGCAACUGAAUAUAAAUCCUUUUAAAGGAUUAUGGAUUAUUGAAGUUUAUGUCCUAUGAAUUUGCUUUUUGGGCAUGUUUUCACUCCAUUAGGCAUCCCUCAGGAGGAUAUUUAGCCAAGCACACUUACAAUGACACAAGAAUUUCACUUGUAACUAUGACAGAGAACAGAUCUUUCAGCAUAUUAAUGAAAAAUUAAUAUACUGGUAACUAUGUUUGCUUAGAAUUAACUUUGUCAUUUGGGUGCUGGAAAAAAAAACAUGAUUAAGCAUCAGACUGCAGUUUCUUAACUGAGGACAAAAUUUUUAUUGCUUUCAGUAACAUUGAAACAGAAACCUUGUUAGACAAAAGGUAUUUUCAAGCUAUGUUGUGGUUUCCAUGUGGCCUAGCAGGCACUGAGAGAAAAUGGACUUGCCUUAAUUUCAAAUGGAAGGUACAGGCAGAAGAGAACCCAGAGAGCAUUCUAUAGGACGGAUCACCAGAGAAGGUGCCUUUGGCUGUCUCCUGCCCACUGACUCUGCCCUAGAUCACGCUUAGGGAGCAAGUUGCAGGCCUUAAAUACAGAGAUGGGGGUAAGAAGUGGUGAUGUGGAAACAAAACUUACCCUCCGCUUAUGCUCCACUGUCUUAGCUGGGCUUUGUCUUCCAGAGAGAUAGGAGCACAAGGGCUACAAAUAAGCCCCAAGGUGGUAGUAGACACAUCUUGGUGGACUUUUUGUUUUUGCUUGUUUCUUAAGACUUAUAUCAGAAGACCUGCCAGGCCAAAAAAAAAAAUACAUUAAAUCCAACUUUUACCCAGUCUACAACAGGAAAGCAAAGUAGUAAAUGGCAUGAGGGAAAAUAUACAAAGAGUUUAAUUUUUAAGUUUACUUUCCUGUCUGCAAUUUGAAGGACCAAUAUGGUGAAUACUUCUCCUGCCAUUGUUCUUUAUGUCUCCCUAUUACUUAAUAGACAAUAGGAGAUAUCUUUUAAAAGCCUUAGGAUACUCUAUUUGAUGACCUCAAUAUUCACUUGCAGCCAUACUGGGAAAACUCACUUUUCAUGGAGCGCCACCUAAUAGUGAAUGUAUUAGAGCAUACAAUGUUUGGCAUGUAUGCACCUGUAUGUGUACACAUGUGCAAAUAGACACACACACAAUUCAAGUUAAAUGUACUAAAAACACCCACUGGAUUGAACUGCUAUUUUAACUCCUAAACUCACUAUCUUCUCUGUUAAAAGGCAUAAACAUUAUUCAAAGAUGUAAGAGAAGAAACAUCACUAGAAAACCAAUGGAAAGUAAGACAAUUCAAAAUAGGAAAUGCCUGGCAGUAAUAGUCAAACUACUUUGUAAUUCAAGAUAGGGAAGUAACGAUGAAUUGAGACAUAAAUUUUAAACUCACAUAUACAUUUUCACUGAAAGUUGCUCUUAAGUUUUUUGAGGUUCUCGUGUGCUUACAACCAGAGUUACUGGUUCAGGUUCUCCAUUGUUAGGAAUUCAGAUUGGAAAGUUGCAAGUCUCAGGAAAUUUUCAUGAGUUUUUGAGUUCUACAAGUUUUACAGGUCAAAUGACACAAUGUUCUAAGCUUUGGUCACUCAACCAAAUGGAAGCUCCAUAGGCAGAGUGCUGACAUUUUUAAUUGACAAUAGAAAAUAAUGCAUAGUGUCCUUCAGGAUAUGCUAAACAAGGUUUAUAAAGGCAUUUUGUUUUGCAACACUUUGGUCUUUUCAACUAGACUUCAGUGACAUCUGGUGUAAAUGCUAUGCUAUAUUUGCCAUAAUGUAUCGGUGGCUCCUGUGUUACAUACAGUUUUAAACAAUGCUCUAAAUUGUUUUCCCAAUGACAAUGAUGUCUGUACAAUUUGUAAAACAUGUUGAUUGAAUCUGUUAAAUUAUGUAAUUUUUAUUUCACCUGUGGUACAAUUUUGUAGAUAUUUAGUUCUAAAUGUGUAUUUGUAUAAGUCAAAGGUAUGUGCUUGUCUGUGGCAUGUAUAAGUGUGUAUUGUAUCGUAUCAAAAAUCAAACUUAUCCUAAAGAAAAAGGGCACAUUAUGACCAGCCUUAAUUCAUUGACAUUUGUUAUUGUUGCAAUUUGGACAUAAAGUUUUCACGGAAAUUGUAUUUUUAAAGAUGGUUUUGGAAAAUAUGGAGAAUGUACUUUAGAACUGAUCAGAGUUCUCACAAGCUAAUUGUCUAGUCUGUUGAACACUCAUGCUUUUCCAAACUAUCAAACAUCAAGUAAUCUACUUCAUCAUACAAGAUGACUCAAUUCACAUUUGUUUCCAUCAGCAAGAGAAACAGUGCACCCAUAAAAUUCUUCUUCCCACCAUUGAACUCAUUUUCUUUUAAUGAUAAGUUUUUCAUAAAAACUUCUUUCUCCAGACCAUUAUUCCUAAAAAAUUGAAUCCUCUCAAGUACGAUGAGCUGCUAUAGCUAUAUAGGAGUUGUUAAAGGACCGUUAACAUCUGCUGGUUCCAACAUGGUUCUCUUCUCAAAAAACAAGCGUGCACCACUUUACUCCACUAUUUCUGUUCUACAUGUAGUCUAGUUUUGGAAAACUCAUGACUAAUUCAAUGAUCAUGCUCAAAGCAAAACUCUGUAAUCUUCUUUGGGCUUGGGAUUUGGGAACAGAAUAUUUAACUAUUUUCCUUUACUUUCUCAGUACUUGAUUAUUCCUUCGUUCAGGGUUGCCAGAUGCAAUCCAGGACAGUUAGUGAAAUUCAAAUUUCAGAUAAACAACAUUUUUAGUGUAUUUCCUAUAUAUUUAAUCAAACUAAAGAAAAGUUUAUCUACAAUUAAAGUUUAAUGGGGUAUGUCCUGUAUUUUUUUCCCUCUAAAUCUGGCAACACUAUUCCUAAUACCACCUUAUUUUCAGCUGGGAUGCCCAUGAAAGGUGAGACCUACCUUCCUCUAUUUCCUAAUGCUAAGAUACACCAUGAAAAUGAGUAUACAUAAUACCCCUUAUGAAGGAAAAUAUUGCUCCACACUAGGUUCCACUAUUGUUUUAUAAAAGGAUCAACUCCAAUACAGAUGAAACAGUGAAGCCAGUGUCUCCACAUGAUUGAUAGCGCUCUAGUCAAAAUCUCCCUUCUUUGGCCUAUUGUGAAGUCCAGCUUCUCCCCACUGAUCCCUCGUAACUGAGAUGACCAAAACACAAACGUCCAUUAAAAACCCCCCUGGGAAGCAGCAGUACCUUCUAACUUAGUCCUGGACUGGAACCUCUUUUAAACUCCAGUUUCUUUUUCCUUCAGAGACUGAAGAAACUGAUCUAUUAUUCCCCUUAUUGACAACUUACUGCAAGUUUUUUUUUUUUAUCAGAACUAUUCUUCUGUGAAAUUGUAGAGAUUUUUCAGUUCUGGAAGAAGAGAUGACAGUUUGGGGUAGACACAGCCCUAACGGCACCUCCUUAGAAUGUUAAGAGGCAGUUGAACAGCUGGUGAUGGGUAGAACAAGAGUCCUGACAUGCAGCUACUACCUGACAGACUGACUUGCCAAGGCAUCUAUAAUGGCCAACACUUUUUUUUUUCCUUGUCACACUUGAAAACACAAGAAGCUGUAGAAUAAGCACAAAGAAAACUAAGGCUCAUUUCCAGAAGAAUGUGCAGAGAACAGAACAAUGGAUGUUGGAAUUCCUAAAGUAGAACUUUCAAAUACUGUGGUUUUUGACAGUGAAUCCUUGACAUAGUCGGACUGUGGGUAGAGUUUUGGAACAUUUUGGGUAGUUACUUCCUCUCUAGAAAUUCCUAUGAGUGGGACAGGAGAACCUAAAUUCCUAAAUGUAACAUUUCCAUCUCAUAACUCCUACUUGAACAUAUUGAUACUGGUUAACUUCAUUUCUGCAAGAUGAGAAUUGGCAUAGGUGUUGACAUUUCCUUCUUUAGAUGUCAGAAAUUCACUACAGAGAGAUUGAUCUGUGCCUUCUCUUUUUAGGAUCUGGUGAUUGAUACUUCCAUAAAUGUGGUAUAAAGAAAAUCCAUGCCUACAGUCUGUAUAGAAAAUGUGAAUUUUUUGAUAAGAUUGUGUUAAUGUAACAAAAUGUUUCUUUGUAUCUAGUGAAAUGCCUAAUAAAGUCCUGAUACCAGU